GCCCGGACCGGCUGGGAACCUCCAUCCCGCCAGCUUCCUGGGACGCCGCCUCCGGAGGGCUUCUCGGAGGCGGUGGCCUUGGCCUCGGGCCUGCUGUGGGCAGGAGGGGAGGCCGACAGCACCGGGUCGCGCUCGCGAGUAACCAAGGGUGUCUGCAGGCGAUGGCAGCCAUCCUCCUGAGGGCGAGGCCCAAGGCACCAGUAUCUUUUGAGGACGUGUCUGUGUACUUCACAAAGGCAGAAUGGAAAUUUCUGGACUUCAAACAAAAAGCGCUCUACAAACAGGUGAUGUUAGAGAACUACAGGAACUUGGCAUCGCUGGGACUCGCCUCCUCCAAGCCUUACCUGGUGGCCCAGCUGGAGCGAGGGGCAGGGCCGUGGGUGGCCAACCUCCACUCGAAGGCAGGUGGUAGGAUACAGUGCCCCAGGGCGGCAAGGAGGGCCAGGCGGCAGGGUGACUCCAGGGCUGCACAGAGGAGUCCCCAGGGCUGCCGUCCUGCUCCGAGGCCACAGCGGCCCAGGGGCCCUGAGAAGCGGUACCUGUGCCAGCAGUGCGGGAAGUGCUUCAGCCGCAGCUCCAACCUCAUCAAGCACCGCAUCGUGCACAGCGGGGAGAAGCCCUACGCGUGCGGGGAGUGCGGGAAGCGGUUCCGGCGCAGCUUUGCCCUGCUCGAGCACGAGCGCAUCCACAGCGGCGAGAAGCCCUACGCGUGCGCCGAGUGCGGCCAGACCUUCACGCGGAGCUCCAACCUCGUCAAGCACCAGAUCAUCCACAGCGACGAGAAGCCCUUCUCCUGCGCCGAGUGCGGGAAGCUGUUCCGGCGCAGCUUCGCGCUGCUCGAGCACGAGCGCAUCCACAGCGGCGAGAAGCCCUACGAGUGCGUCCACUGCGGCAAGGCCUUCAGCCGCAGCUCCAACCUCAUCGAGCACGAGCGCACGCACAGCGGCCAGAAGCCCUACUUGUGCGACCGGUGCCCCAAGGCCUUCACGGGCAUCUCGCAGCUCAUCCACCACCAGCGUGUGCACAUCGACGCCAAGCCCUUCGCUUGCGGGGCGUGCGGCAAGGCCUUCCGCGGCCGCUCGGGCCUCAGCCAGCACCAGCGGGUGCACAGCGGCGAGAGGCCGUACGAGUGCAGCGAGUGCGGCAAGGCCUUCGGCCGCCGGGCCAGUCUCUUCAAGCACCAGGCGGUGCACGGCGACGUGCAGCCCACCCGGCGCGGCGGCUGCGACAGGGGCCCCCGGCGAGGCUGCAUGCUCCUGCUGGAGCGCCGCCCGGGGCCCCGCGGGGCCCUUUCCCCGCACAGCUGUUUGAGCAGCUCUAGCGAGAGCAGCUCUAGCGAGGCCUGGGAAAGCCCGGGGCAGCACGCCUGUGAGCACUGCGAGCCGAGCGUCGAGAGCAAGGCGCAGCUGCGUGGCCUGCGGCGCACCCACCGUGAGAAAUCGCGCCGCCACGGUGCCCAGGCUCAGCCCGUCGCAGGGGACGACGGCCCCCAUGCCAGCGUCCUGGGUCCUGCGAAGCCACAGGAUCCAGCCUCGCCCUGAGGCCGAGCAACGGGGCAGUGAG